AUGACCAAUCCCUGUGCCUUCAACCUUUCAGGGGAAAGAGAUGUUGAAAAUAGAGAUGAUGAUGGGUUGGAUACAGAACUUCUGAAUGGUAAUGAAGGUGAAUACACUCACAUGGAAGAUGAUAGUGAAAAACUGGCUUCUAUGACUGUUACUUCAUCUAUAAAGACCUCUGAAAUUAAUCAGGACAGUGUAGAUACACUUGAUCAACCCAAGAUGGAUGCUUCGGACUUCCUGGACACAAGUGGCAUCACCAGCAAACUGUCAACACUUGUUCUCAACCAGGACAUCCUGAGCCAGGAAGGGCUUCUGAGCCCUAUUAUCCUCAACAGCCAGAAUCUAGCCAGGAAGAGAGAAGAGCUACAGAGGCUUCUCCUGGGUGGCAGUCUAUCAUUUGGUAUCAAGAAUGACCUCCUGGAGGCAGCAGGGACCAAAGCUGUGGAAGGCCUGAUCUGCAAGGGCUCCCUGGGUGGCCUUUGUGGCCAUGGGAGUCUCUCUGGCAUGAAUGAUGUUCUGAAGAACAUGAAUUCUGGGCAACCCAAUAGCCGGCUCAAUGUCACCCACUUUGAUAUUGUCCGGUUGUCAUGGAAUGUCUUUGCCUCAUCUCGUCUUGAACUUAAACUUCAGACCAAGCUGACUAUCAACUUUUCAGGGAUGAUCUCAUUUCUCAAUGGCUCUACAGUGGAUGUGGACAUUGUGAUCCCCUUGGAUUUGCACCAGAUUGAGCCUGGCCAAUUCUCAUUUUCUGUGAAGAGCUGCCAGGCAAUAGUCAAUGGGAUCCAAGUGAAUACAGGCAUGUUCUCCACAAUGAUGGAAUCAAUGAUGAAAUGGUCCUUGAAUAUUUCCUUGCCCAACAUAUUGUGCCCUGUGGUCAGAUUCUGGUUCUACAUCAUCAACCAACAGUUGACCAUUCUGAAAAAUAUUGCCUCACUUGGGAUGUUGGCAGACAACAACUUGCCCAGUACCCCACAGCCCAUUUUGUUCCAACGAUCUUAUCACAUGGACUUUAAGGACAAAAGCUUCCCAUCCUCUUUCAUCAAUUGGCUGAUUAAAGAGCAUGGGCUUUCACUCAUUAAAGCUGACCAGUGGAAAGCAUUCACAGACCAUGUCAGCAUGGUGCUGCUUCGGGAAGACCCAUCUAAGCUCGUGACUUCAUGGAAUCCCAUUCGACAGUUUCACUCUUGUGCCCUAUGCUACUGGAAUGGUUUCCAGACAGUCCUGGCCUAUGCCUAUAACCAGCUAGAGGCUUUUGCUUCAGUUCCCCCACAGUACCUCAAUGGCUUGGGUAUAAAGUGGGACUCCUUUAUCAUUCCCUGGCUCUCUGACUCUGCCUUGAGGAAAAUGCACUGCUACGGCCCAGAGAUCACGCUCUGCACUGAGGGGCAACCUGAGUCUCUGGAGUCUCUCAACCUGCACAAAGCCACCAAAGCUUUUGAGGAUAGCAGAGCCAUGCUUGGUCACACUUGA